AUACAAUCCUUAAGUUAUUCGUGUAGAAUCGAAUAUCGGUUUGCGUAUCCAUUGUAACGCGUUCACUGAAAAGUAAUUCGAAUGCGUUAUAAAAGUGAGCUAGCAAACGAAUCGACAAUUAACUAUCGAAGACAAAUUGGUGAGCGGUCGCGUUAUAGAAAAUCAAUUUUUCAUACAUUAUUUAACAGACUCGUCCGAUUAUCACGAUACUUGACUAAUGUACCUCAAGUAGUAUACGAAGCAUUCGAACGGCUGUAUCUCUCAAUUUUUAUUCGUAUCGCAACGAUUUUCUUAAUAAUUCUCUGGUGUUAGUUCUAAGUCACCAGAUAAUUUUCGCACUAUGUUUUUUUCAUUACCGUAUUGUCGUUUAAUUCAUAUUAUAUCUUCUAUAUCUACAAUAAAUCUUGCUUUCAAUUUCCGCGCUUCCGAUGGAUUUAUUCGAAUUAAAGAUUACUCAUUAAAGUAUUUCCACCGAAUUUAAAAAAUUCGUAUUAUUCGAGAUUAAAAUUUCUACGACGACGAGUUUCAAUCCGAUAGGAACGGUAUUCUGUAUCGCGGCACGGAAGCGCAGUCAAAUAAGCAAUCGCGUCUUGCAAGCGCAGGAAGCGCGGGAAUUGGCAAUGGUAUUUGACCUACUUGGUCACGCGUAUCACACGUAUCGCACGAAUCUUCUUCAACGUCUGAAACGAGCCUCGUAAAAAUCAACAGCCAAGAUUUUAGGAUAACAUACCUUCUCCGAUCAGUCGAAGAAGUAGCUUGUUAUGAGACGAAUAGCAGAAUCUAUAAUAUGCGAGAUAUCGUACUAGUCAUUUCGUUGGCAUGGAUCUUCGCGAUACAACGAUGUCUGUGCAGCAAAUUGGAACGGAUUGCUCAUCGACCCAACAAUAUUCUCAACGACUAUUACGCCUAUCGUCACAUCUCCAUUAUCCACUUCGAGGUUCCGGAUCUCACGAUGGUUGCAGGAUUCAAGUUCACUGUAAAAGAAGAAAAGAUUGGGGGAAUAGGUAGAUGCUCAGCUCGAAAUGUUUCCGUGUUUCUGAAGUCCGGUAGCUUACCGUUUGUGAAGCCGGAUGGAUCGAAGAUAGCGGCGAAUCUUAUGAAAGGAAGACGCCGAUAUUAUUCGCUAGACAUGGAAAGCAACGGGGAUGAAUGUAUGAUAAAAAUCGAUGCACCCGUGCCGGGCGAUUGGUAUGCUAUUGCGUUUCGAUCUUGGAGCGACCCUAAUAACGGAAAGAUCACGCAACAAGGACUUGGAGCAUCAUGCGAUACAGUGUUGGACGCGGAAUUGCUUAUAGAAUAUCCCUCUGUAUUCUUGUCAAUAGAUCCGAAAUACGAGUACGCACUGUAUAUGAACGAAAGCUUGGACUCGGUUGUGAUGCAGUUGUUAAUACCCGAUGAAUUCGUGGAUUCUAGUUUUUCAUUAAAGUCGUCUUGCGAAGAAUGCAGGAUCGCGAUCCACGUGAUUGCGGAGGAUCACCUCACGGGAACGAUAAUGAAUACUACAAACGCCACGGUGUUCUUCAAACCCUAUUCGAACGCGUUUCACUAUGUUACCAUCCAGUUGCUCUCCGGAGAGAGCUCUAACGUGUCCUUCCAGUUUCUCGACAAUUCUUCCGCUCACGAUUUGGAUCAAGUGAAGUCGGUGAAUUUGAUAAGAAAGUCCUUGCCUGACUUUUUCCUCUUCGAUUACGAGCACCUGCGGGAAAAUGGUACAAAACCAUCGGCGUUUAAUUUAACCUCAGACACAUUGUCCGUCCUCAGCUUCGAAAUCGGUCGAGUGUACGACGUCGGUGGAACUCUGACUCUAAGUUUGAAACUAGUUGACGCGAAAGACGAGGAGAAGAAGAACAUCGUCGUGGUCGCGUGCAUUUCAUUCGGUUAUUACUCGAAUAUCACUGCUGGCGGAGGUUGCAUUCGAAUGGAGAACACGACAGCUGCAGACAUUUACGUAAACCAUACAGGACCAGCCACCCUUCACAUUCCAUUCCCGGAAUCAGGAAUCUGGCAUAUAAGUCUGAGAGCAUUUUGCGUAGAGGAAAAUUGCCAAUGUAUAGCAACUUGUCUGAAUGAGACCGCCUGCGAGGACUGUGACUGCAUGAUCCCUUGUAACACCACAGUAGAGAGUCGUAUCUCUUCGUUACCUUGCAUCGAAGGUCGCUGCAACUCUCGCGGGAAAUGCAUGCAUUACAUGAGCGGCGGUUUCGUAUUUGCCGCGUGUUAUUGUUCGGAUGGUUAUAGAGGCUUCGAUUGUGCGGAUGACACUUACGUUCUCGGUAAUAGCGACGUAAUAAUCCGCGUACUAUUGCUAACGUUCAGCAACCUGGCAUUUAUUGGUUCCGUUUAUGUGGCCGUGCGUAGACAAUAUUUUACGGAGGCGAUGGUUUACGCCGCUGUGAUGUUUUUCUCGACGUUCUAUCAUGCCUGCGAAGCUGGAGAGGAUGUGUACAGCGUAUGCAUUAUGAGACUGAGCGUUUUACAAUUCUGUGACUUCUUCAACGCCCUUCUGUCCAUUUGGGUGACGUUGGUAGCAAUGGCUUCGUUUGGACCAAAGCUCACUGCUUUUUGUCAAAUAACUGGUGCUGUUAUUCUCGCUAUGAGUGCCGAAAUGGAUCGUACAGCUCUCUGGGUGUUUCUCCUGCCAGCUAUAACAGGUUCUGCACUGAUCGGUCUGUCUUGGGGCAUGAGAUGCAAAAGAAGGGGUACGGUUCUUUAUCCAUCGCGUCCUUACAGAAACAUUUAUUUUCCGGCUGGUCUCCUUCUAGUCUCCCUCGGGCUUGUUUGUUACGCCUUUCUGCAGACAAAAAAGAAUUACUAUAUUGUGCACAGUAUGUGGCACGUGUGUGUCGCUAUAGGAGCCAUACUCCUUCUACCGAAGCGACAGUACAUGAAAUGAUCGUUAUAUAAAAAUGUUUUCUUAUAUUUACCAAAUGAAAGUUAUUGAAAAGUGUUAUUGUCUAGAAAUGAAAAUCUCAUUGCCAAUUUAACGAAAGAAUCAGGUACAAAAAGAUAUUUGUAGCAAUCGAAAGUGCUCGUAGACGACGGUACAUCGAGCAUAUUAUUGUAAUUACCGGAGAUCUUAUUCUUGUGAAAAUCAGAUAAUGUUUAUAAGAUAGGUAACUAUUCAGCUACUGAAUGUACAUUGCGAAACAAUACGAAAUUCACGACAAUGUUAAUUGCUUCAAUGUUGUCUAUCGUUACAUUUGCAUAAUUAAGAAGCUCGAAACAUGUUUUUAUAUCACGAUUAAGAUACGUUCCAGAAUAGGAUUAUUCAAACGACGUUAGCCUUGAUUGCUUGUGUUUGUUGAAUUUAUUAAUGCCAACUAAAUUACAUAGCUUUAACAAUACGUUUAACGAAGAUUUAUGUAUUUUGCUAAGGACCAAAGAACUUCUAGGAUACGUACAUAUAAUUACACGUACAGAGUAUAACAAAGAAUGUUCAAUAUUUCUCCUGUAAAAGCGAAACUGCACUUUACUAACUUGAAUAUAUCAUAGUGCUGUAUAAUCUGUAAUUAAGAACGAAUUCCUCGAGGACUAUCUUGGGGGCUUAAGUUCCAAUUCGAAUAUCGACUGUUCGAUAUUUCACGUUAAUUUUACCAAGUUCAUUUUAAUUCUCUUAGGAAUCAACACCUCGCACGUGACUCAUACACUUUAAUAGAAAAAUUCCAUAUUUAUAUACGCUCUAAAAGAUUAUUGUAUCUACAUCGAAGAUUGUAGAACUUUUAAAACAGUGUACAACGCUGUACAUCGUGUUCACAUUGAAAAAUAACAGAUCGUCACGCUAUGUAAUUACAUACGGUGUUGUUUGUCUUACACGAGGAUUGUGUAAAGAAUAAGUGUCUACGUCGAAGGAAAGUCGUCGCGUUACACGCUAAACUGCGCGAACUAGCGACUUCGUCAUAUUACGCGGGAACAAUUUCACUUUUCUCGGUUCGCAUGUGUAUAAGAUAGAAUAAACAUAAAAGGAAAUUGUUGCAA